AUGGAGCUAAACUGGGAGAACUCUUACUCGGAAGGGUACGGUUUGAACCACGGCUAUGGAGACGAAGCUACGGCUCUGACGGGCGAGAACAAGCCCCGUAUCCUGCUCAUGGGACUCCGCAGAAGUGGCAAGUCGAGCAUCCAGCGCGUGGUUUUCCACAAGAUGUCGCCGCACGAGACUUUGUUUUUGGAAGGCACGAACAGUCUCGAUAUUAAGUACAUUGCCAACAAUUCGUUCGUGCAGUUCCAGAUCUGGGACUUUCCAGGCGACUAUGACUUCAAAGAGGACUUGGUCUACGGUGGACAACUCGUGAACGAAGAGAUGAUCUUCAGCAAUUGCGGCUCCAUUGUUUUCGUCAUCGACGCUCAGGACGAACCGUACGCUGAGGCAUUGGCGCGGCUGCACGAUACGGUCACUCGCGUGCACCGAUACAAUCCGGACAUUCUCUUCGAGGUGUUUAUCCACAAGGUGGACGGUGACCUCUUUCUGUCGGAUGACCACAAGAUCGACUGCCAGCGCGAGAUCCAGCAGCAGAUCAUGGAUGAAAUCAAAGAUAAAGAGCUCGAUGUCCACAUGAGUUUCUUCCUGACCAGCAUCUACGACCACUCAAUUUUUGAGGCGUUUAGCAAGGUUGUGCAGAAGCUGAUUCCUCAGCUACCGACGCUCGAGAAUCUAUUGAACAUUCUCAUUACGAGUUGCAAUAUGGAGAAGUCGUUUUUGUUUGACGUCGUGAGCAAGGUUUAUAUUGCGACAGAUAGUAACCCAGUUGACAUGCAGUCGUAUGAGCUCUGCAGCGACAUGAUCGAUGUUGUCAUCGAUGUCUCGUGUAUCUAUGGAAUGAAAGAUGAAGGAGAAGGUGAUGGUCUCGCGUACGACUCCAAGUCGUCAUCAGUGAUUAAACUCAACAACGGAAUGGUUCUCUACCUCCGUGAAGUAAACAACUACCUUGCUCUAGUGUGCCUGCUGCGCGCCGAGAACUUCAUGAAGCAGGGAAUUAUCGACUACAAUAUCGACUGCUUCAAAUCGGCGAUCGGCGACGUGUUCAAGGCCCCGAAGGCGAUCGAAUAG